AUGGAGUUUGCUUGCAUCGACCCCAGCGCGCCCUGUGUAGACGAUGACGACGUUACCGUCGACAUGGUCGAGAACUGUGGCUACGUCUCCGGCAUAGGCAACGGCUGGUGCGAUAGAAACAACAACAAGGAGGAAUGCGGCUACGACGGCGGCGACUGCUGCUCUUGCACAUGCCAGAGCGCGUAUGAUGACGACUACUCCUGCAGCAGCGAGUACGGCUACUUCGACUGCCAAGACCCUACCGCCUCCUGCUUCGGCGAAGGAACUACGGGGAGCGACGACUUCAGCUUCCACGACGACUACCAGCCAAUGUCGUACGAGUUCCUCAGCUGGGAAGAGACAGAGUCCCUGCCUACGGUCGUUGACGCCGUCGAGGUGGGCACCAAGACCGAGGUUGGCGUAUCAGCCACCGCCCACGAUGUGCGGCCCGGCAGCAGCGGCGACGACGUCGGGUGUGGAGAGGUCGGUGGCCUUGGGUGCACGGCGACCAACACCCGUGAUGGUAUCGUGUCCGACAUCGAGUCGAGGUGGUCGUGCGCCACGAGCCUUGUGCCUGACGAAGGGCCCUGCCAAAUCGAGUUCACCUUUGCCGAACCCCAGAACAUCGUGGACAUCCAGGUCGCCUUCUGGAACGACAACGAGCGCGUCAGUACCCUGGAGGUCCACGUCAACGGCGAGCUCACCCACACGCACGAGUCCUACGAUGACACCUUCAACACGCUCGGUGUGACAGCUACGGAGGCCAGCACUGUGAUGCUCGAGUCCGUCGCUCUCCUUUCGGACGAAUGGAUCAGUCUCCUCGAGGUGCAAAUCUUCGUGACCCCUUGA